AUGUGUUCCAAGUCAGAUCGUGACUGCCAAUACGCCCAAGCUCCAACAGGCGAGAACGACUCAGAGACUCGUCAACGCGCGGACUCUACGGUUUCCAACGCCGAUCAAAGUGCCGAGGCCGACAGCGUCGAGGAUGCCGUGCCAACUACGGAACAAGCGGAGAGUGUUCUGGCUAGUUCGCCCACAGCAGCAGGCACAACAGGAUCACCGGCCGCUCGUCCGGCCGACUUUACGGCACCUUUCGUGGCCUCCUUCAACCCGACCGUCUCUCUUGGAGUAGACAACAGUACUUUACAGCCUGCUGCAGUCUCCGAUGCGGAUAUCGGCUUCUCGCCCCUGGCAUUGAGCCAGACAUCACUGCUCAACAUAUCCCCCUUCGAGUGGUACGAUCUGCUGGCACAGGAUGCUAUCAACAAUAUCCAACGGCUCAACAGCCUACCUAAUGGCGAGGUUAGAUGGGUAUUUGACGAGAGUACCCUGUCUCGGAGACAGACCCCCUUGCCAGAGUCACCAACUGAGCAGGACGACCAGCUGCCCAUCUUUGGUCGAAGCGACGGCCACAUUACUCCCCCCUGGAACACCUCCAGCAAUAUUGAGCUGUCCGAAGAUGAACUGGUUCAUUUCCGUUACUACGUCGAUAUCGUAGGACCUAUCUUAGAUCUCUUUGAUCCUGAGCGGCAUUUCUCCAAUAUGGUCCCCCAUCUCGCAGUUCGCAACGCCGGACUUCUCAAAUCCAUUUUGGCUGUUGCUGCCAGACACAUGUCCUUGGGACCCAGUCCCAAAGUCUCAAGGCCUGGCGGAGCAUGCCAUCCCUUACCAGAUUCAGCUCUUCCUGCCAGCCCUGCACAAGAAGAAGCGGCCCGCUCGGCAACCCAGUACUACUAUGAGACGCUUCAGUAUCUGUCACACACUUUGCUAUACCCAUCUUAUGCCAACUCACAUGAGAUACUGGCUACUGCCAUAAUGAUCAGCACGUAUGAGAUGUUCGAUUCCAAUGGGCCCUCCAACAAUGGGGAUUGGGAACGCCACCUCCGCGGAGCGUUCUGGAUUCAACGAUCACAAGAUAACAACGCCGAGUCCGCGGACAGUUUCAGGAGGGCAGUGUGGUGGGCAUGGAUCCGCCAGGAUAUUUGGGCAGCCUUCAGGUCUGGCCGUCGAACACUGACUAUCUUCCAGCCCCAGAAGACAUUACAGGAACUAAAACCAGAUGAUCUCGCCAGUAGGGUGUUGUUCAUUGCUGCAAAAUGCGUCGCAUACGCCGCGUAUGAUGCAGCCUCUUCCAUGCAAGACCUGCAACAACGAAUCAACCUCGGAAACCGCCUCCUUCGGUCUCUGGAGGAAUGGCGUGAGGCGCUACCAACUUCCUUUGCUCCUAUCUCUGGAGGAGCGGUCUCGGAUACAGUUUCUCGUGCGAGCCGCCCCAGCUCAGCUUCCCCGUCCGUACAUCAUGUCGGUCAAGCUCCGGGCCCCGCUGCAACUCAGACCCUCUACGGGCGGACUUAA